CAAGGAAGGACGCCCAAUUCCACUUCCAUGAGAUCGGGCUUGAAGCCCAAUAGCUUGUCCACCUAUAAUUCAGCGCCCGGGAAGAAAUAAAAUCUCUCUACGGUUCUUUGUUCUUUCGACGCUCUCUUCUCUAUCUCUCUUCUUCUCGGCCUUGAAUUCACGAGUGUGAGGGUCGCUGUUGUGACGUGGCUUCAUCAUCAUCCGGUAAAACUACAACUCUUCUCUCUCUGCUCAACAGAGUUCCAUCAUCACUUUCAGAUCCGGAUCAAACCGUAAAAAUGGCAUCAACUUUCAGCGGCGACGAGACUGCUCCGUUCUUCGGCUUCCUCGGAGCUGCCUCCGCACUCGUCUUCUCCUGCAUGGGAGCUGCCUAUGGGACGGCGAAGAGCGGGGUAGGAGUGGCGUCGAUGGGAGUGAUGAGGCCCGAGCUGGUGAUGAAAUCCAUUGUUCCGGUGGUUAUGGCUGGUGUGUUGGGUAUCUACGGUUUGAUUAUUGCUGUGAUCAUCAGUACCGGGAUUAACCCUAAGGCCAAAUCUUACUACUUGUUCGAUGGAUAUGCUCAUCUCUCUUCCGGACUCGCUUGCGGUCUUGCUGGCCUUUCCGCCGGUAUGGCUAUUGGCAUCGUCGGGGAUGCUGGAGUGAGGGGCUAAUGCACAGCAGCCAAAGCUGUUCGUCGGGAUGAUCUUGAUCCUCAUUUUUGCUGAAGCACUGGCUCUGUACGGGCUUAUCGUAGGCAUUAUCCUCUCGUCCCGAGCUGGACAAUCCAGAGCCGAGUGAACAAACAGAGAGCCCAAGUCGCCUUUCUUCCAUGGGUGAUUGUAUCUUUAUUUUGCCUCAUCAUUAUUAUUAUGAAUCAUCUGAUAUUUUAGACUGCCCACGAUUUUUUGUUUAGCUUUCAGUCAGUGUACUGGCUAGACAGUUCCUGAGUAUUUCUUUCCUAUCACGUUAAAUGUACUACUAGAUACAGUUGUCUGUGUGGUAAUAAGUUUCUCUUCUGUUUCUGCUUCUGCUUCUGCUCAUUCGUGAUUUAGCCGGAUUAGGGCGAAUUCUAUAUAGCUAUUGAUGAUGCCCAACUUGUGAGUACAUUAUGAGAGCACAAGCUCACUGGGCGCAGGCUGCAAUGUUACAGGGUCGUAGUACAUUUGUGUUAUGGACUUAUGGUAUCUGAUACAUAUGGAAUGAGAAAGCUCAAUGAGUCAUCGAUCAUGGCGUAGUGUUUGAACGUUGGUAGUGCCCGAUUGUGAGCCAUGACAUACGGCGUCUUUAACCUCGAGUUAGGGUCCAAAGCUC